AGCGCUUGACGUUGGCAAUGUAAAUCGUUGGUUUUUUUGUGGACAAAUGUGUUGUAGUUUGAAGAAACCUAAUAUAAGCUACAAGUAAACAUACUUUUAUGUUGGGAAGGUGCUAGCAGUUCAGCGUUGUCUGGUUUUUACGUUAAGUGUAGUUCGUUAUUCAUUAUAUAACACUGUUAGCGUCUUGUUGCUUUCUGUAGCGAACACGACUGACGUGGAACUUUUGGUCAUAGAACACCAUGGAUUGUUCGUACUUGGAACCGAGCCUGUACACUGUGAAAGGCAUUGCAAUACUUGACAAUGAUGGAAAUAGGAUCCUUGCAAAAUACUAUGACAAAAAUAUAUUUCCAUCUGCGAAAGAGCAAAAAACUUUUGAAAAAAAUCUUUUCACCAAAACGCACAGGGCUAAUGCAGAAAUUAUAAUGUUGGAUGGUUUGACAUGUGUGUACAGGUCAAAUGUUGAUCUUUUUUUCUAUGUAAUGGGCAGUUCCCAAGAAAAUGAGUUAAUUCUUGUGAGUGUACUGAAUUGCCUGUAUGACGCUGUCAGUCAGAUCCUUAGAAAAAAUGUGGAAAAACGAGUUGUCCUGGAAAACUUGGAUAUAGUAAUGCUGGCUCUGGAUGAAAUUUGUGAUGGAGGGAUUAUUAUGGAAGCAGACCCAUCUGCCCUUGUUUCGAGAGUUGCUUUGAGAGUGGAUGACAUUCCUCUUGGUGAUCAGACUGUCUCUCAGGUCUUCCAGUCAGCGAAAGAACAGUUCAAAUGGCCCAUUCUAAAAUGAUGGAGGCUGACAUAGGCUGGCAGAGCCAGUAUGAAAAGUGAUUAGAGGAAAAUUGAAAGUGUACAGGCAGUGGGAUUGUGCAUUAAAGGAUUGACAGUCUAUGAAAAGUAUAUGUUUGUAGAAGUGAGAUAGACUUGCUGCAGUGAACAAACAUUUGGUGUUUUGUGGAUGAAACGUGUAAUGUUGAAAGUGUUGGUGCCUUGUAAUUGGAGUGACUUGUUGCUCAUGUACACUUUUUUUUCUGAACAGCCAUUCCCUUCCCUGAAGGGUCCUUAUUAAAUAGACAUUACCUCAAACGUAUUUUUUAUAGAUGUUAUCCUCCCCUUGGCUUUCUCACUCAGUGUUUUACUCCAGUUAAGUUUGCAACAUUUUAUUUUGCAUUCAUUGUAUACCAUUCAUGUUUUGUUUAAUGCCCAGAUGUUAUGAAGCAAUCCCAUUGAAUAGAUGUAACAUUUUAUUGUGUGUUUUAUGGCAUACACCAUCCACAUUUUCAGUACUUUGGCUACGGCUGCUUUUUUGUGUAAUCAUAUGAGUCAGUUGCAUUAUACUUGCUUUCAAGACAGAGUAUGUGAUGUCCAUUUUGAUGUGAAAUAACUAAUAGUACACAACAGUAUUACAGUGCAACGUGAAGCAGCAUAGAAGAAUUAAUCAGAUGAAACACAUUGAAAAAAGUCAAGUUUGUGUCAACAUUUGUGAUAAAGAAUGUUUGUUAUAUAAUAAGAACAUUGUUCACCUUUAAGUUCCAGUGGUUGUAGAACUGUUUCGUCAGUGUUGUGUAGAUACUAGUGAGAAAUUUCCAUUAUGAAAAUGUGCCUGCAAGGCACCUCAUGAAGAAUAGCAAAAUGUGGGGGAGAAAAGAGAUAGACCUUGUAUUUUUUAUUUCUC